UUUGCCAGGGGCGGGUAGCGCUAACAGUGCAGCAUGGCGGACGAUGGAGACACUUCGAGCGCUCCGGUGGACACAAGCGGCGGCCACGGGCCAUCGGAGGGGUCGGGCGGGCUCAGCUUGGGCGCGAUGUUGCUGAAUCUCGCCGUUUUGGCCGUGGUAGCGGCGGUGUGUCUGGCGGCGUACCGGCGGUGGGGCAGGCGGCUCGUCGCCGGCGCGGCCCACGGCGACGCGGCCUCGGCGCUGCCCAAGAUGAGGAGACGGGACUUCACUCUGGAGCAGCUGCACGAGUACGACGGGCUGCAGAACCCCCGCAUCCUCAUGGCCGUCAACAUGAAAGUUUUCGAUGUGACCACUGGCAAAAAUUUUUACGGUAAAGACGGGCCCUAUGGGAUCUUCGCGGGCCGGGACGCGUCCCGGGGCCUGGCCACCUUCUGCCUGGAGAAAGACGCCCUGCGGGACGAGUACGACGACCUGUCGGACCUCAACGCUGUACAGAUGGAGAGCGUCCGGGAGUGGGAGAUGCAGUUCAUGGAAAAAUACGACUACGUGGGGAGGUUGCUGAAGCCGGGAGACGAGCCGUCGGAGUACACAGACGAGGAGGACAUCAAAGACCACCUGAAACACGACUGAGCCGCUCCAUCACUCCCACCAAAGCCGGAGGCCCCGAACAGCCGCGCCAGAGCGCCCCAGACUCCGAGCCUCUCCCCCGUCUCCCGCCACCCCCCCAAAGCCUCCCCCGCACCGACUCCGAGUGCCACCGCAGCCGAUUCUCCGAGGCCGGGACUCCAGACCUCCCUCCCUUUCUCCUCAUCCUACGAAGAUCAGCACCACCUGAACGCAAUCAUCGCCUGCGAUGAGGAGUCCGUUCCACCGUUCGGCGGUUACCGCGUCUGGGGGCGGAGAUGGCUGAUGCCUUUUUAGACGUAUUUGAAUCCCAAACCCUAAAAACGUGUUAGUGUGCGGUCCCGGCGGUCCCGGCGGGGGAGGGCGUGGUCGCUGGAGCGUUGGGAGCAGUCGGUGGGGAGCACUGGUCUGAAAACCAUCGCCGGACUGGGUUGGGGAAACGCAUUUCUCUCUUUUAGCUUUGGUUUAGUCACAUCGCAAAACUGAAAUCGCUUCAGCCUCGGACAACGGAUCAGUCGGUCAAUCAUUUGUGUUUCUGUUCGGAUCAUUCCCACCCACCCCCCCCCCCGUUGGGAGGGCAGUGCCGUGGCCCAACCAAAGGCAGUUGGCAGACGUUUGCAUUUUCCUGUUGUGUUUGUAGUGUAUGCACUACUUAGUUUUCUUUGUUUGUCACCAUGUGAUUGUAUUGUUGAGUAGCAUCGAGGGAGGGCGCUGCGGGAGGGAUUUAUUACCUUUCCUUUCCUCUUUUUUUCUUUUUUUUUUCUCUUUUUUUAUACUUUUCCACAUGGGGUUGUGGGAGUCAAAGGUCCUUGCCACGCGAAAAUCUGUUUUGCAUCUCUCAUCAGAUGGACUAAAUCACUGAUCGGGAAAACAAAAGGGAAAGGCGACAAGGCAGUCCUAAUCAAUCGACUCAAUUGUUUACAUGCCUCAAAGCCAGCUGCAAGUCUGUAGAUUCCCCCGGAAAAUGGUCCAAGUAUUAACUGUGCCUUAUUUAGUUUGUCGUAUCAGUGCUGAGCGGUCUAGCGGCGGGUGGAGGAGGGGAUGACGGAGUUGGCUGCUCCCAGAUUGGGUCCCCCAGACGUUCAAGAAGGCAUAUGUUGUCAGUCGACCACGCACAGACUGUCAUGUUCCCCCCACUUUACAAACUCUGUACAUAGACCCCCUGAAAUACUCAGUGUUACUGCCAUAUUUAUGUAGUGGAUGAAGUCCAUAUACGUAUAUUGCUAUGUCGUGAUGGCCAAACCCCCACCACCCCCCCAAAAACCCUGUCGUCUGUGUAUUUUUUUCCCCCCCUUCAUUUCUUUUUAAAUGUAAGUGAAUUUCCAAAAGAAAAAUAAAAAGGUGCGUUGCAAAAGUGCUACAGGGCGGGACCGGGAGCUGUUCUUGCAAAUUUUGUUCGUAGACAUUGCUUAUCCUGUAAAUAUAUCUAUCAUUUUAUUAAAGCAUGUGCAACAACAAAGUGAGCUAUGGCGAAAUUCCACCACAUCCUGUAUUUAAAUGUUGGGUGUGUGUGUGGUUGUGUGUGUGUGUAUGAAUGAGUGUGUGAGUGUGUGUGACGGGCAGGAAGGGAUUUGUUCAUGCAUAAUAAAUCAGUUUGGUUAAU